CUCCCAGGAAGCGGUGAUAGACAGUUCUGUGUGGUUCUCCACCCCCACCCCCCCAGCUGAGUGGAGGAGUUGAUAUGUCUCAUUAUAACAGCCAAUGCAGCCGCCAUCCACGCACAAGCAAAGAAGCAUGUCCCAUUUAAAUACACCCACGCAGCCCCAGCGCCCUUAGCCGAUCAGGGCGCGCAGCCCACACGCACCGCGGCUCCGGGCUUGGAGAUCCGCGCAGGUCGGCUCCGGGAUCCCGCGGAUCGACGCUCUCGGAAGAUCGGGAUCGGACUCUUGCUGGGGCCCGGGUGGGCGGGGGAGGCUGGGCCCCGGGCCUCUCUGGCGGACAGCCGCAUGAGGACGCGAGCGAAAUAGACUGGGGUGGAAUUGCCAAGGAAGACGCUUCGGGGUGGUUUUGGUCCAUUUCUCCCGCGAAGAGUCGACAUGGCGAGCGACUCCCCAGCUCGCAGCCUGGAUGAAAUCGAUCUCUCCGCCCUGAGGGACCCUGCAGGGAUCUUUGAGUUGGUGGAACUUGUCGGAAAUGGCACGUAUGGUCAAGUUUAUAAGGGUCGUCAUGUCAAAACAGGCCAGCUCGCUGCCAUUAAGGUUAUGGACGUCACAGGGGAUGAAGAGGAAGAAAUCAAACAAGAAAUUAACAUGUUGAAGAAAUAUUCUCAUCACAGGAACAUUGCUACAUACUACGGUGCUUUUAUCAAAAAGAACCCUCCCGGCAUGGAUGACCAACUCUGGUUGGUUAUGGAGUUCUGUGGUGCCGGCUCUGUCACCGACCUGAUCAAGAACACAAAAGGCAACACAUUGAAAGAGGAGUGGAUUGCGUACAUCUGCAGGGAGAUCUUACGGGGCCUGAGUCACCUGCACCAGCACAAAGUGAUUCAUCGAGAUAUCAAAGGGCAGAACGUCUUGCUGACUGAAAAUGCAGAAGUUAAGCUAGUGGAUUUUGGAGUGAGUGCCCAGCUUGACCGAACAGUGGGCCGGAGGAACACGUUCAUCGGGACUCCCUACUGGAUGGCACCUGAAGUCAUUGCCUGUGAUGAGAACCCAGAUGCCACGUAUGAUUUCAAGAGUGACUUGUGGUCUUUGGGAAUCACCGCCAUUGAGAUGGCAGAAGGUGCCCCCCCCCUCUGUGACAUGCAUCCCAUGAGAGCCCUCUUCCUCAUCCCACGGAACCCUGCGCCUCGGCUCAAGUCUAAGAAGUGGUCAAAAAAAUUCCAGUCAUUUAUCGAGAGCUGCUUGGUAAAGAAUCACAGCCAGCGACCAGCCACCGAGCAGUUGAUGAAGCACCCAUUCAUACGAGACCAACCUAACGAGAGGCAGGUCCGGAUCCAGCUCAAGGACCACAUUGAUCGAACAAAGAAGAAACGAGGAGAAAAAGAUGAGACUGAGUAUGAAUACAGCGGAAGUGAGGAAGAAGAGGAAGAGAAUGACUCUGGGGAACCCAGCUCCAUUCUGAACCUACCAGGGGAGUCAACACUGCGACGGGACUUCCUGAGACUGCAGCUGGCCAACAAGGAGCGCUCAGAGGCCCUGCGACGCCAACAGCUGGAGCAGCAGCAGAGGGAGAACGAAGAACACAAGAGGCAGCUACUGGCUGAGCGCCAGAAGCGCAUUGAGGAGCAGAAGGAGCAGAGGAGGAGGCUGGAGGAGCAACAACGGCGAGAAAAGGAGCUUCGGAAGCAGCAGGAGCGGGAACAGCGCCGGCACUAUGAAGAGCAGAUGCGUCGGGAGGAGGAGAGGAGGCGGGCUGAGCAUGAGCAGGAAUACAUCAGGCGACAGCUAGAAGAAGAGCAAAGGCAGUUAGAGAUCUUACAGCAGCAGCUACUGCAUGAGCAAGCUCUACUUCUGGAAUAUAAGCGCAAACAACUGGAAGAACAGAGACAAGCAGAAAGACUUCAGAGGCAGCUAAAGCAAGAGCGGGACUAUCUGGUUUCCCUCCAGCAUCAGCGGCAGGAGCAGAGGCCCCUGGAGAAGAAGCCACUGUACCAUUACAAGGAGGGCAUGAGUCCUAGUGAGAAGCCGGCCUGGGCCAAGGAGGUAGAAGAACGCUCAAGACUUAACCGACAGAGUUCACCUGCCAUGCCUCACAAGGUUGCCAACAGGAUCUCUGACCCCAACCUGCCCCCAAGAUCAGAGUCCUUCAGCAUUAGUGGGGUUCAGCCGGCAAGGACACCCCCAAUGCUCAGACCUGUUGAUCCCCAGAUCCCGCAGCUGGUAGCUGUCAAAUCCCAGGGACCUGCCUUGACAGCCUCCCAGUCAGUGCAUGAGCAACCCACAAAGGGCCUGUCUGGGUUCCAGGAGGCUCUGAGUGUGACCUCUCACCGGGUCGAGAUGCCACGCCAGAACUCGGAUCCCACCUCGGAAAACCCUCCUCUCCCCACGAGAAUUGAGAAGUUUGACAGAAGCUCUUGGUUACGACAGGAAGAAGACAUUCCACCAAAGGUGCCUCAAAGAACAACUUCUAUAUCCCCAGCACUAGCCAGGAAGAAUUCCCCUGGCAAUGGCAGUGCUUUGGGCCCCAGACUCGGAUCUCAGCCCAUCAGAGCAAGCAACCCUGAUCUCCGCAGGACAGAGCCAGUCCUGGAGAGUUCCCUGCAGCGGACCAGCAGUGGCAGUUCCUCCAGCUCCAGCACUCCCAGCUCCCAGCCCAGCUCCCAAGGAGGCUCUCAGCCUGGGUCACAAGCAGGAUCUAGUGAACGGACCAGAGUUCGGGCCAACAGUAAGUCAGAAGGAUCGCCUGUGCUCCCCCAUGAGCCUUCCAAGGUGAAACCAGAAGAAUCCAGAGACAUCACGCGGCCCAGUCGGCCAGCUAGCUAUAAGAAAGCUAUAGAUGAGGAUCUGACGGCAUUGGCCAAAGAAUUACGAGAACUCCGGAUUGAAGAAACAAACCGCCCACUGAAGAAAGUGACUGAUUACUCUUCCUCCAGUGAGGAGUCGGAGAGCAGCGAGGAAGAAGAGGAGGAUGGAGAGAGUGAGACACAUGAUGGGACAGUGGCUGUCAGUGACAUACCCAGACUAAUACCCACCGGCGCUCCAGGGAACAAUGAGCAGUACAACAUGGGGAUGGUCGGGACACAUGGGCUGGAAACUUCGCAUGCAGACACCUUUGGCGGCAGCAUUUCAAGAGAAGGAACCUUGAUGAUCAGAGAGACGGCUGAAGAGAAGAAGCGAUCUGGCCACAGCGACAGUAAUGGAUUCGCCGGUCACAUCAAUCUCCCAGACCUUGUGCAGCAGAGCCAUUCGCCAGCUGGAACUCCCACUGAGGGGCUGGGCCGUGUCUCCACUCAUUCCCAGGAGAUGGACUCUGGGGCUGAAUACGGUAUAGGGAGCAGCACCAAAGCCUCCUUCACCCCCUUCGUGGACCCUCGAGUGUACCAAACAUCACCCACUGAUGAAGAUGAAGAGGAUGACGAGUCUUCGGCUACUGCCCUGUUUACUAGCGAACUUCUUAGGCAAGAACAGGCCAAACUCAAUGAAGCAAGGAAGAUUUCAGUGGUAAAUGUGAACCCAACAAACAUUCGCCCUCAUAGUGACACACCGGAAAUCAGAAAAUACAAGAAACGCUUCAAUUCAGAAAUACUCUGUGCAGCUCUGUGGGGUGUGAACCUUCUGGUGGGGACUGAAAAUGGCCUGAUGCUUUUGGACAGAAGUGGCCAAGGCAAAGUCUACAACCUAAUCAACCGGAGGCGGUUUCAGCAGAUGGAUGUGCUAGAAGGACUAAAUGUGCUUGUCACGAUAUCAGGAAAGAAGAACAAGCUCCGUGUGUACUAUCUCUCAUGGUUAAGGAACAGAAUCCUGCACAAUGACCCAGAGGUGGAAAAGAAGCAGGGCUGGAUCACCGUUGGUGACUUGGAAGGCUGCAUUCAUUACAAAGUCGUUAAAUAUGAACGCAUCAAGUUCCUGGUGAUUGCCUUAAAGAAUGCAGUAGAGAUAUAUGCCUGGGCCCCUAAACCUUACCAUAAGUUCAUGGCAUUUAAGUCUUUUGCAGAUCUUCAGCAUAAGCCUCUGCUCGUUGACCUCACAGUAGAAGAAGGUCAAAGGUUAAAGGUCAUAUUUGGCUCACACACUGGUUUCCACGUAAUUGAUGUUGAUUCUGGAAACUCCUACGAUAUCUAUAUACCAUCCCAUAUUCAGGGCAAUAUCACUCCUCAUGCUAUCGUCAUCUUGCCUAAAACAGAUGGAAUGGAGAUGCUUGUCUGCUAUGAGGAUGAAGGGGUGUAUGUGAACACCUAUGGCCGGAUCACUAAGGAUGUGGUGCUCCAAUGGGGAGAAAUGCCCACAUCUGUGGCCUACAUUCAUUCCAAUCAGAUAAUGGGCUGGGGCGAGAAAGCUAUUGAGAUCCGGUCAGUGGAAACAGGACAUUUGGAUGGAGUGUUUAUGCAUAAACGAGCUCAAAGGUUAAAGUUUCUAUGUGAAAGAAAUGAUAAGGUAUUUUUUGCAUCCGUGCGAUCUGGAGGAAGUAGCCAAGUGUUUUUCAUGACCCUCAACAGAAAUUCCAUGAUGAACUGGUAACAGAAGAGCACUUGGCACUUAUCUUCAUGGCGUUAUUUCUAAUGUAAAAGAACAUAACUCAUGUGGACGUAUGCCAGUCUAGAGGCAGAAUCAGAAGGCCUGGUUGAACAUACCACUCUCUCCGUUUCCUCUCCCUCCGUCUCUCCCAAUAUAGUCCUUUUUGGUGUUGCAGCCUGGUUGAGAAGGAGAGAAAGAGGUGGCGGGAAUGGCUGGGCGAGCGAUCCCGAGGAUGCUGCAUUGUCUGUGGACAGAGAUGGACCUUGUGCCCUUCGGAGUUAGGGAUAGAGACAAAUAUUGUGUGCUCUUAUGAUUAAGCUGUGUUUAUGCUGGCUUUCCAGUUCUUUUUGGUUUGGAACUUUUCAACUUUUUUUUCCCCCUUUACCACCUUACUUUGUAAGAAUUGGGGGAAAUGCAUACUGGGAACAUAGUCUUUUUAAAAUUCUGUCUGCCUGCUAGCUUUAAGUAUAUGGUAUGUUGUAAAAGUUCCAACUCCCAGUAGUGAGAAACAUUGCAAUAAAUGGACCCUAUCUCCCUGCACUGAAGGCCAUAACCACAUAGUGGGGUAAUUUAAGAAUUUUCUUGCCUUCACUAACCCAAGAGGCUAUUUUUGUUUUGUUUUGUUUUGUCUUUUUUUUUUUUAAUUGCUACUGGCUAAUGAAUUUUUGAAAGAGAAGCAAAAUAGCUGGUUUUCUCCUCUCUGGAGAAAUAGAUUUUAAAUGGCUAAACUAUUAGCCUUAAUCUAAUAAAAUCAACUUCCACUCUUGUGAGUCUGUCAGGCCAUAUUUUGAUAUGGCCCUUUCUAGGAUGGAGGGUGUUGAAUGGGACAGUGAUGCCAUUGAGUUGAGUGGGCUUGUGACUGGGGAGGGACUCUGGGAUGUGACUGUCCCUCAAUUAUUAUGCAACAGAUCAGGGCAAAGAUGGGAUGACAGGUGGGUCACCCAGAAGGAGCUUCUGAGAAAUGAGCUAAUAUGUCUAUGUAAAUACACACAUGUUCUUUCUUCAAGGCACAAAGCCUCCUUGGUAAGAGGUCCCUUCAGUUGGACUUUGUUAGGACUGCGACUGGUUGAGACCCUUCCCAGAGCUGGGGGUACAUGACAACCAUGUUCUGGAAACCCUCCCAAGGGUGCCACAUUCUCAACAUAAAAACUGUGAUGGAGAAGAAUUACUAAUAAACGUUCCUGAGCUGCCUGUGUCCUUACUGGGUCAAGGGACUAGACUUGCAAGGCUGCCGCACACGGCAGGCACCCAAAGCUCAGAUUUUAGGGAACCUAAAGGCAAGGCUUUGACAAAAUUCUAAGACUCUAAUCAAGUUAUGUUCCUCCAAACUUCUCAACAUACUGUUAACAACAUCUGUGCAGAGAUGUGUAUGUAUUUAGUUCAGGUUGACUUGUGUCCUUAUAGAAAUCCUUACUCGAAUGAUUUGAACCUUAAUGUGACUGACUGGGAUUUUCCCCAAAGCUAUAAGCAUGGCCGCCUAUGGUAUCCAGGUGUUGCGAAACGGUAUCUGUGCUGUGCUUCCUGUUUUAACCUACCUCGUUUUGUUUGUUUUUGUUUCUCUGUUCAUCACAGCAGUGUUAUCUCCAGGAGACAUAUAGAGAGCUCACCUGGCAAUCUCAGCUGUAUUGAACAUUUUCAAAACAGUAGUUGACCAAUUUGUUCUUUAAAAAUUGAAGGGGGAAAAAAAAUCUCCAAUGACAAAAACCUAAUGUGGGUUGUUUUUAAAGAAUACAAUUACGGUAAAUGGAUCAAAAAAGAAAGACAAAAAUUGUGAUCCUCCUGAUUUUGACUAAACAAACGAGCAGCUGAUGUACUAUUAAUGAGAACGAAACUUACGUUAGGAAAACGGCACCUUUUUAAUCUGGUAGUUGGCCAAAGGGGAUGAGCAAGGGAAAUAUUCUGAGUUCUGGACUAGGGGAAUCUGUAACCUCCAUGGGUGAUUAUUGUUUGUAGUUAUCUGAAGCAGGUAACACACAGAAAUAUAGUCAGGGUGGUCUUCCAGAGAUCACCGGGAUGUGCCCAUCAUGGUCCCUCUAGCUCUCAAGGCAAUGAAAUCCUUCCGUUCUCAUUUUUACUGCUGGGGUUAUGCUGCCAAAAAACACUGUCCUCACCAAUUCCAUGGGACAAAUUCAGCAAUAGCUCUGGGUUGAAUUUAGCAACUACCAUUAUUGGAUGCUGAUAUGGACAAAAAUAAUGUAGAUUUGGGCCUUGUCUCCAAAUGCGAUUGCCACCAGCUCUUUAUAUUGCUGCUGUGAUGUUUUGAACCUGAGGCUUCUUUAAAUUAUGUUGCAAACUGAUCUUUGUUUUAAUGUUUUGUUUCGUUUCAUUAUUUCUAAGCGAUACAUCUGAAACACACAGCUUUAAAUGAUUUUUUUAUUGUGGGACUUUGGGUACAGUUAAGAAAUAAAAGGGAAUCAUUGUGUUUAAACAUAAGGUAGUUUGUGAAUGUAUUUUUUAAAAUCUAGAUUCAUUGGAACAAGAAAAUCAUAAGAAAACAUAUUAAUGCCGUCUUGUUUACAGUAUGUACAGUGACAUAACAUCACAUGAGCUUUUUCUGGUGCCAACAAAAUAAAACACAGACGUUAAACAUUGA